GACAUUCGUCGGCUGACGUCACGGGACUUUUUGUUUUUUCCAUCCCACUAACCGCCCCCCUUUUCGCUCAGGCAGGCAGUGCAAAGCAAGAUGGCAUCUGGGACAGAAGCCAAUUUAAAGAAAUUAGUCUGGAAAAAGAUACAAGAUACAAUUAUUAAAGAUACUAAGGAUGAAGGUGACUGGAAGAUACUAAUCUUGGAUCAUUUCACUACCAAGCUGCUUUCUUCAUGCUGUAAAAUGACCGAUUUAAUGCAUGAAUCAAUUACAAUUGUUGAAGACUUGUAUAAAAACCGUGAACCGGUUGAAGACAUGAAGGCUAUUUAUUUUAUCACUCCAACUGAUAAGUCUGUUGAUGCCCUUGUCAAUGAUUUCAAGAAAAAGUUUAAGUACAAAGCUGCAUAUGUCUAUUUUACAGAUUAUUGUCCUAACUCCCUCUUUAAUAACUUGAAGACUUAUUGUGCAAAAUAUAUUAGGGUAUGCAAGGAGAUAAACAUUGCCUUUCUACCAUAUGAAUCCCAGGUUUUCACUCUUGAUUACCCAGACGCUUUUCAUAGUAUUUAUAGCAUAUAUGGGAUGGAUAAAAAUACCACUCUACAAAACAUAGCAUCACAGCUUGCCACAUUUUGUGCUUGUUUAGAUGAAAAUCCUGGUGUUAGAUAUAGAAGAGAACCACUGGAUAAUGCUAAACAUCUUGCUCAGUUGGUUGAUGAAAAACUUGCUGAACAUUAUAAAAUUGAUGAUAAUAACAAGGGAAAGGGGAAAACGAACACUCAGUUUUUGAUAAUUGAUCGAGGCUUUGAUCCAGUUUCUGUUAUCUUACAUGAGCUGACAUAUCAAGCAAUGGUUUACGAUGUGAUUCCAAUUGAAAAUGACACAUACAAAUACAAGACAAAAGAUGGUGCAUCAGGCAAAGAAAAACAGUGCGUACUGAAUGAGGAUGAUGAACUCUGGGUCAAACUGCGGCACAUGCACAUUGCAGAAGUUUCAGCGCAUAUCCCUAAACUUGUUAAAGAAAUAUCUGCUAACAAAAAAGCUACAGAUGGAAAGCAUAAUACAAUAGGAGCCUUGUCUCAGCUAAUGAAGAAGAUGCCUGCGUUCCGUAAACAGAUGUCUAAGCAAACAAUACAUGUUAGCUUAGCCGAAGACUGUAUGGCAGAGUUUCAGAAAAAAGUGGAAAAGCUUUGCAAAGUGGAGCAGGACUUGGCUGUUGGAGCAGAUGUAGAAGGUCAAAAGGUUAAAGACCCCAUGAGAACACUCCUUCCAGUUUUGUUGCAGAAUUACUCCACUUAUGACAAGAUAAGAGCUGUUUUGCUGUACAUCUUCAGUUUAAAUGGAACAACUGAAGAGAAUUUAAAUAAACUUAUUCAACAUAUUAAAAUUGAGGAUGAAAGCAAAAUCAUUCUAAACUGGAAGGAGCUUGGAGUACCAAUUCUUUCCUCUUUGAAUUACCAGACACGUAAGCCUCAGAGAAAAGAUCGCUCUCAAGAAGAAACUUAUCAGCUUUCUCGGUGGACGCCAGUUAUUAAGGAUAUAAUAGAAGAUGCUACUGAGAACAAGCUGGACUCCAAAGAAUGGCCACACCAGUCUGAGUGUCCGGCAGCUUGGAAUGGCUCUGGAGCUGUAAGUGCUCGGCAAAAAUAUAAUAAGCCGAGUAGUAUAGAUGAUAGAAGAAGUGGUUCAAGACUUAUUGUCUUUGUAAUUGGAGGCAUCAGCUACUCUGAAAUGAGGUGUGCAUACGAAGUGAGCCAAGCGUCAAAGUCAUUUAAAAUCUACAUUGGGUCCACACAUAUUAUAACACCUAAACAUCUCCUGGAUGACAUGCAGUCUCUGAGCAAAUCCAAAGUCCCAAUGGACACAUUUGAAGUUUACGAAGGAGAAUCGAAAGCUUAACAUACAAUCGAUGAUCAAACUGAAUUUUGAUUUCAAGGUUAAUAUUCAAGUUAAAGGUCAUUUAUUUUAAAAACUAUGCAAGUGCUUUUAUAGUUUUUUACAUUGUAUUUUAAUAUCCAUAGCAUUCCAUAUUUUAACAUGCUUAAAAGAAUCAAAAAAACGAGUUAUCAGUAUUUUCAGGCACUGCCUUAAACAAAACACUGUGCAGGUGAAAUAUUUGCGUUUUCCUUGUGGUUAGCACUGGCACCUACUGUAAAUAACAUUUUCUUUACAUAACUAAUGUAAAUAAAUUAGUCUGGUCAACCAAGCUUGUAUUUUGUGUAGCAAUGACAAAAUGCACAUCUUUUGAUAUGGAUUUGGCCCUACUGACCUCCUGAAUUUGUGUAAUCACAGAGAAAAUCAAGAUGUUAAUGACCUUGUAUUAUAACAAAAAAAAGUGCAUCUUCAGCUGAGUUUUUAUUUUCAAUGACGCUUUAGUUUGCACUAAGUGAGAUUUAAUUCAUUUUAAAAUAUACUGUAUUACUAACUAUAAGAGCUCUAAUUUUGUAAACAUGUGCUUAUUGGUUUCAAAUGUACACUUGUGUAAUGUAAAAUGAUAAUUAUUUAUCAUAACCUCAGUUGACAAAUAAAAUUAUUAUAUCA